ACAAACCUGAUUCUCCUUAUCUCUUAUCAAAUAAUCCUUCCUUUUCUAUUCAGAAUACCACAGAUAUAUACAUAUUUGACUUAACCACUUUGUAUAUUUUUUGGUUAGCGUUGUUUACAAACUACUCUGUCAACUGACAGUAUUUAACAGUAACUUUCCAAUAGUCCAACUAGAAAUAAAUAAGCCUAUACGUAGUGAUCUCUAUUUUUGGUGCUUCAUCUUCUAUUAGUGCUUUUGUUUUUGUAUCAAAAAAAAACAAAAAAAACAAAAAAAAAACAAAAAAACAAAACAAAAAAUAGAAUACACCAGAUUAAUUCUUCUGUUAUCGACACUAUCUGACGAUUUAAAACGUAUUAUUAAGACGUAUUAUUUUGCAUAUGACUGACAGGCAUAGAACAACCAAGAGAAAGAAAAAUCAAACAUGUUAUCAUCAAUUGUCAAGGAACAUCAAAGUAAGCAAGCAGCAAGAAAGGAAAGAACAGAAACGCAAAGAAGCUGUUCAAGCUGCUAGCAAUUUAACUCAAGCGCUUGUGGAUCAUUUGAAUGUUGGGGUAGCACAGGCAUAUUUAAAUCAAAAGAAGCUUGAUGCCGAGGCCAAACAAUUACAACAUAGUGCAACCAAUUUUGCCAAACAGACACAGUCCUGGUUGAAUUUGAUAGAAUCAUUUUCAAGUGCCUUGAAAGAAAUUGGCGAUGUAGAAAAUUGGGCUCGAAGUAUAGAAGGAGACAUGAGAACUAUUGCCACUGCCUUGGAAUAUUCUUAUAAAGGUAUAAUUGUCAUAGAACUAUAUAUUCUAACUAAUUGAAUUUGAUUAUUCCUAAUAUAGCUACGCAAGAAACUCAAUCUGCGGGAUCAUCUUAAAAGCACGAAUAAGAGCCACAGUUCUACAGAUUUACAAGCGAUAGAACGUUUGAUUUUAUGCUCCCAUUGUAUAAAAAAAGAACAUAAUAAAUUAUUUAUAUAUUAUUA